AUGUGGUUGCCACCAAACAGCAGUAUGAUUUACCUAUGGCAUUGCUCUAGAGAAGGCUAUAGGAACAAUGCGGAAUUUCAUACCACACAUGUGUAUGUGGAGGAAGGAAAGGCAGCAACUUUAAAAUGUGUGUUUCCUGGUGAUGACGAGUAUCCCCUGCAGUGGCUGACUUCAAGGGGCUUUGUUGCUUUUUUUAACGAUCAGAAAGUUUUAAAAGACAGAAGAUAUGAGCUAGUCAGCCAUUCAAAGGAUGAGCUCAUUAUCCGGCUAUCCAAUAUAACAAUGCAAGAUGAGGGCAUUUAUACAUGUUUGCACUAUAGCUCUCCAGUACAGAACAAGACUGUCAGUAUCACAGUAUUAGCUAUUCCAUCGAAGCCUGUGGUGGAUUUAUAUAACAUUCAUGGAAAAAGCUCUGAAAAUCAUAUCAUUCUAAACUGUUCCACCUCUGGUAGUAAACCCCCUCCUGAAAUGACCUGGUUGAUUGAUGACAGUAUGGAAGUUUUUGGUGAAACUAAACACAGAUUUGAAGGUAAUGGGAAAACAUGUAAUACCACCAGCACUUUACGGAUCAAAGCUUUUAAAAACAGUUCAACUGUGAAAUGUAUAUUAAGGCACAAAGCUCUACAAGAUGGGAACCUUACCGCAUCUUUCAUUUUCCAGAAUCCACCAUACACAACAGAAGCAGAAGUCCCUGCAAGGAACUUAAUUACUUCUCAGUUUCCUUUUCACAUAAGAGAGAAUGAAUCACUGUCUCCAUUCUUAAAUCAAAAUACAUCUAAUGCUUCUGUGGAAACAACAAGCAAUUUUAAUGAAACCAGCCACAAUACUUCUAUCACAGUUGCAACAACUACAUCGUUGCAGUUCACAGAUGGAAAUACAGCAAAACAUAAGAAAACAGGCAAUUAUACUACAGGAGACAGUGCAUCAUUGUCUCCAUUCUCAGAGCAAAAUGCUUCCAAUUCUUACAUGGAAACUACAAUCAGUUAUAAUGACGCCACCAACCAACCCUUUACAUCAGAAUUUGAAGUUUCUGCAAGGACGUCAAAUAUUGUUCUUAUCUGGGUUGCAGUCACGCUUAUGAUUUCGUUCUUGAUGAUCAUAGUCCAUCUUUUUUUCCUGAAACUGAAAAAGGCACAUGCAGAAUGGAAGAAAGAAAAUGAAACAUCUGAUCAGACAUUGGAAAGCACAAAAUCUAGGUCAAACAAUGAAGAUGCUACAAAUCAGCAGAAGAAUGGCCAUGUUGGUAAACAAGGAUCUAUAAUUCAGUAUAACAAGGAACCAAGUGUUUAACGCAAUAAUGAAACUUUAAUCGCUUUGACUAUGAACAUGGAAAACCUUUACAUCAUUCUUUGGACAGCUUUAUUCAUAUGCGACAGUAAAACUUUGUAUAUAGAAAUGUAUAGUUGCUGUAGAUAUCUUACACAUUUUAAUAAAUGUAUAUAUUAUUUAA